UAUAAAUAUAUGUAGACAAAAUCACAACAACAUGACAUAACCUCAACAGAUUUGGCAUCGAUUAAUGGGCGUUCUGUUCUUUCCUAGAAAGUAAGAAAUAAAUUGCAAAAAUUCAGUCCCCGGAAAAAAUGACUGAAAAUAGUGUGAAAGAGCCGGAGAUAGAUCCAAAAAAUGUAAUAAAAAAUAGAGAACUUCUCUACAGAUUAAUUAUCAGUCAAUUAUUUUAUGAUGGCCAUCAAACACUGGCAGUACAACUGUCGAAUCUGAUUCAAGCAGAACCACCAUGUCCACCAUCGGACAGAUUACUUCAUUUAAUGUUAAUUGGAAUGGCUCAUGAGCCAGAUAGAUCAAAGAAGGAAAAUAAUCAUCAAUCAUCUUUCAGUAAUUUUGAUAGUACAUUGGGACCUGGAUUAGACUUGGAAUAUGAAACUGAAACACAAACACAAGCUCCAGAACCAGCUCAAUAUGAAACCGCUUAUGUGACCUCUCAUAAAGGCAAUUGUAGAGCUGGAGCAUUUUCGCCUGAUGGACAAUUAAUAGCAACAGGAUCUGUAGAUGCAUCAAUAAAAAUUUUAGACGUUGAUAGAAUGUUGGCCAAAUCUGCUCCUGAUGAAAUGGCUCCAGGAGAUCAAGCUGGCGGGCAUCCAGUAAUUAGAACUCUCUAUGAUCAUUUAGAGGAAGUAACAUGUUUAGAGUUUCAUCCAAGAGAGCCUAUUUUAGUCUCAGGGAGUAGAGAUUUUUCUAUAAAGUUAUUUGAUUACUCCAAAGCCAGUGUAAAAAAAGCCUUCAGGACUAUAACUGAUGCCGAUCAGAUUAGAUGUUUAUCUUUUCAUCCAACGGGAGACUUUUUAGUUGUUGGAACUAAUCAUCCAGUUAUACGACUAUAUGAUGUUAACACUGCUCAGUGUUUUGUUUGCAGUAUUCCUAGUCAUCAACAUACUGAUGGUAUUACUAGCAUCAAAUAUUCUCCUGAUGCUAAAACUUAUGCUUCUGCUAGCAAAGAUGGCAGUAUUAAAAUUUGGGAUGGUAUUUCAAACAGAUGUAUCAAUGCUUUUGUCAAAGCUCAUGACAGCUAUGAAGUUUGUUCUGUUGCAUUUACACGAAAUGGAAAGUAUCUACUAUCAUCAGGGAAAGAUUCUUUAAUAAAAUUAUGGGAAUUAUCAACCAGCAGAUGUUUAAUAGCAUACACAGGUGCAGGAACUACAGGAAAACAAGAACAUAAAGCUCAAGCAAUAUUUAACCACACUGAAGAUUACGUAAUGUUCCCUGACGAAGCCACAACAUCUCUUUGUGCAUGGAAUUCAAGAAAUGCUUCGAGAAAACAACUAUUAUCAUUGGGACAUAAUGGCCCAGUUCGACUGAUUGUUCAUUCCCCUACAGCUCCAGCAUUUUUGACUUGCAGUGAUGAUUUCAGAGCACGAUUUUGGUUCCGACGAAUGCCUACACAUUAAAAAUGAUGAUUAAUCUGAUUAAAUAUUUAAGAAAAAAAGACUUCACUGGUGAAUUUAUAUUUUUAUAUUAUUAGUGAUGAUGAAUUAUUAUUCAACUUUGUGGAUUUCAAGCAAU